AUGCUUGGAUCUAGACUAUCUUGCAUCAACACAUUCAUAAAACCAUUGACCAUACGGCGUGGGUUUACCUCAAGUUCCAAAUUAUUUGAAAAAUCUAUACAAGAACGUAUAAAUGAUAUACCUAUUGAAAAUUAUAGAAAUUUCUCCAUUGUGGCACAUGUUGACCAUGGGAAAUCAACAUUGAGUGAUAGGCUUUUGGAAAUGACCGGGGUCGUACAGCCAGGUCAAAAACAAGUGCUGGAUAAACUGGAUGUUGAAAGGGAAAGAGGUAUCACAGUUAAAGCUCAAACUUGUUCAAUGUUUUAUAAUCAUAAAGGACAGGAUUACCUAUUACAUCUUGUGGAUACACCAGGCCAUGUUGAUUUCAGAGCUGAAGUUUCAAGAAGUUAUGCCUCUUGUGGUGGUGCCCUGUUAUUAGUGGAUGCUUCUCAAGGUGUUCAAGCUCAAACUGUUGCGAAUUUCUAUUUGGCUUAUAGUAUGAAUUUGAAAUUGAUUCCUGUUAUAAACAAGAUUGAUUUAGAUAUGGCCGAUAUACCCAGAUCUAUAGACCAAGUGGUGAACACUUUUGAAUUACCAGAAGAAGAAAUCAUUCAAGUCUCUGCAAAGACAGGUUUAAAUGUUGAUCAAGUUAUACCUGCAAUUAUUGAAAGAAUUCCUCCACCUGUUGGUAAAGUUGAAUUACCACUGAGGGCACUGUUAGUUGAUUCUUGGUAUGAUUCUUAUUUGGGUGUCAUUUGUUUAGUUCAUGUUGUUGAUGGUACUAUUAAAAAAGGUCAAAAAGUAUUUUCUCCCCAUACUGAUAAAAAAUAUGAUAUCAAAGAAACUGGUAUAAUGUAUCCUGAUCGUAUUCCAACAAAUACUUUGAGUGCUGGUCAAGUUGGUUAUAUUGUUCCAGGUAUGAAAGAUUCUUCUGAAGCUAUGAUUGGUGAUACGUUUAUGAAUGUCGCAGAACCUGUUGAACCUUUACCAGGGUUUGAAGAACCUAAGCCAAUGGUUUUCGUUGGUGCGUUCCCAGCUGAUAUGACAGAGUUUUCCGCGUUUGAUGAACAUAUGCAACAUUUGGUUUUGAAUGAUCGUUCUGUUACUUUACAAAGAGAGUCCUCAAAUGCUUUGGGACAAGGUUGGAGAUUAGGAUUUUUGGGAUCUUUACAUGCUUCUGUUUUCAAAGAAAGAUUGGAGAAUGAAUAUGGUGCUUCAUUGAUUUUAACUUCUCCAACUGUGCCGUAUAAAGUUUUGUACAGUAAUGGUACUGAGGAAAUUGUUACAAAUCCGGAUGAUUUCCCUGAUGUUAUUAGUAAAAGACAUCAAGUUUCAAAAUUACAAGAACCUUAUGUCGAAGCUAUCAUGACUUUCCCUCAAGAUUACUUAGGAUCUGUUAUUAAAUUAUGUGAAAAUAAUAGAGGUAUUCAAAAAGAGAUUUCAUAUUUAACCACUGGUCAAGUUUUGCUUAGAUAUGAAGUUCCAUUAUCACAUUUGGUUGAUGACUUCUUUGGUAAAUUGAAAUCGGCAACUAGAGGUUAUGCGUCAUUAGAUUAUGAAGAUAGUGGAUAUCAAGACUCAGAUAUUGUUAAAUUAGAGCUUUUGGUUAAUGGUAAUGGUGUCGAUGCUUUAGCUCAAGUCAUGCAUAGAUCACAAGUGGAUGCCGUGGGAAGAGCCUGGUGUAAGAAAUUCAAAGAACAUGUUAAAAACCAAUUAUUUGAGGUCGUUAUCCAAGCAAAAGCUGCUGGUAAAAUCGUUGCAAGAGAAACCAUCAAGGCCAAAAGAAAAGAUGUUUUGCAAAAACUUCAUGCAUCAGAUAUUUCGAGAAGAAAGAAGUUAUUAGUUAGACAAAAAGAAGGUAAGAAGAAGUUGAGAGCUAUUGGUAAUGUCAGUAUCAAUCAAGAUGCUUACCAGGCAUUUUUGCGUCGCUGA